AUGGGGGUGACUCCCCCCAGCCCGCCAUUGCCACCGACGAAUGGCCGUGGAUCACAUCGAGUGCGCUUCCACUCGAUCAACGAUACCAUUCGACCGGGACACGGUCAACAGGCCCCUGCAUCACCCGAUCGAGCCACCCCGGAUUCGAAACGCCGUCUCCUACCCUCCGCCGACCUGACGGAAGUGCCGCUCUCUGGAACCAUCACCCCGCCCGCAGCGGCUCACUCCCGCCACGGCUCGGCGUUUGCCGACACUGCCAAUGCAGUGCACGCCCUGCCUUCUGAGCACGAAAAAAUGGACCGAACGACCUCAACACGAGACCGGUUCCGGGCUGCGGGUCAGCUCCUCCGGCAGAAGACCGUCCGUCUGACGGAGCGGCUUGGUCGCUCGCCAACGGACGAUGGAGAAGCUCUGUAUUCCUCUUUCGUCCCGGACGAUAUCGAUGGGGGCAUUCCGCUCGAGGAGCUGCAGGCACAGCGCGCUCGACAAGAUGCGGACCGGCUGCGGGCGCUCGAGAACAGCGAUGAGCCACACCAGCCUGCCGCCAGCGCCGAGGCCCAUCGUCUGGUUCGCAGCAUGACCAGAGCCCAAGACCAGCUACGGCAGCGCAAACCCCGUGGCGCAUACCAACGUUCUGGCCAAACCACUCCCCAGGGUUUUCUGCAAGACUUCGCUGCCCGCCGUCGAUCCAGUGGCUUCAGCGGCGGUAGCGGCAUUCUGUCGCAGCUUCUCAAGCUACAAGCCACCCAGGCAGGCGGCUCCCGUCCGGAUAGCUUCGCCUUGACGGAUGAUUCGGACAGCGAGACGCAGGUUUCUUCUGGAGCGACCACCCCGAAAAAGGGCUCCCUCUCCCCAUCCAUGCCCCCAUCCAUGCCGACCUCUGGUUCUGCAACUCCCCGCAAAGAAAAAAUCAAAUGGUACAAGAAGCCGAACCAUAAACACACCUCGUCGCUCGUCAAUGCAUCCAUGAACUUGAGCAGUGCUAGCCUGCCGGCCGCGAUAGACGUGAUGCCUCCCGGUAAACGGAACAAAAAGAACAAACGCAAGACUCGCCUGGAGGAUGAAAUCCGUGUUACAGUGCAUAUCGCCGAGAUCUUGGCCCGUCAGCGUUACAUUAUGCAGCUGUGCCGUGCCCUUAUGCGUUACGGUGCACCGACCCACCGUCUCGAGGAGUACAUGCAGAUGACAGCCCGCGUGCUGGAGGUGUCGGGUCAAUUCCUGUAUCUACCCGGCUGUAUGAUCAUGUCUUUCGAUGACUUGGCGACGCGCACCGCUGAGGUCAAGCUCGUGCGGAUGGUGCAGGGUGUGGACCUCGGACGGCUCGGUGACACCCACAAUGUCUACAAGAACGUGGUGCAUGAUUUGAUCGGUGUCGAAGAGGCCACCCAGGAGCUGGACGAAAUUAUGCAACGCAAGCCGCGGUUCAACAAGUGGGUGCUGGUUCUCAUGUACGGACUGGCCAGUUCCGCCGUCGGCCCCUUCGCCUUUGGGGCGAGGCCCAUUGAUAUGCCGGUCAUUUUCUGUCUUGGCUCGUUGGUUGGAUUAAUGCAGCACGUCCUGGCACCGGUUUCCGUCUUGUACUCCAAUGUCUUCGAAGUCACCGCCGCCAUCCUCACAUCCUUCAUUGCUCGUGCCAUUGGGAGCAUUGAAGUUACCCGGAAUGGCGCCCCAGAGCGUCUGUUCUGUUUCUCGGCCCUUGCACAGUCCUCGAUCGCCCUAAUUCUUCCUGGUUUCAUGGUGCUUUGUAGCAGUCUGGAACUGCAAUCACAUCAGAUGAUCGCCGGCUCUAUUCGCAUGGUGUACGCCAUCAUCUACUCGCUAUUCCUGGGCUAUGGUAUCACGGUUGGCACCACUAUCUACGGCCUGAUGGAUAAUAACCCGACCUCUCAGCGGACAUGCAGCAAUCAAGGCGUCUAUGGAUCGGAGUUCACGCAGCAUUUUCCAUUUGUUGCCAUCUACGCUGUGUUCCUUGCGAUCAUCAACCAAGGCAAAUGGAAGCAAAUGCCGGUCAUGGUUUUCAUUGCGAUAUCGGGAUAUAUCACGAACUAUUUCAGCACCAAGAAGCUCGGCUCGUCGUCUGAGGUGGCGAAUACAGUCGGGGCAUUUACAAUUGGCGUUUUGGGAAAUCUGUACAGCCGCCUUUGGCAUGGCCACGCCGCCACUGCCAUCUUGCCCGGUAUCUUCGUCCUCGUUCCAUCCGGUCUUGCAUCCAGUGGCUCCCUUCUUGCCGGUCUUCAAUACGCCGACGCGGUGAAAAACAACCUGCACGCCUCUGGCAACAGUUCAAACACGAGCAGCCUCUCCGAAUCGUCGGUGGCAAGUCUCGGAUUCGGCAUGAUCCAGGUGGCGAUCGGCAUUACGGUCGGCCUGUUUAUUGCCGCUCUCAUUGUUUAUCCGUAUGGAAAGAAGCGCACUGGUUUGUUCAGCUUCUAA